AUGACGUCCCGGGCAAGUGCUAGCGCUAAUUUUAAGCAAGCCGGCAAGAAACCCGAUCCUGACAAGAAACCCGAUACUGGCAAGAAACCGGUUCCAUCCGAUAAAUCCACCGGCAUAGGAGGGUAUGUCGAUACAACGAUCGACAGUACUGAUCCUCUACAAGCAGGUUUCAGCACUUCUCACUACGAAGGUCUGGAUACGACCAGUGCUCCUCCUCAUCCUCAGCCUACCGCUCCCCCUGAUCCUUACGUUCCUCCUGACAAAGCAACUGAAGAAAGAAAAGCUCAGGAAACUAUAAAGGAAUUGGGAUUCAAAGGAGAACUUCAGGAUUAUUCUUUUCCAAAAGACCUCAAUAAAGCCAGGCAGUUCUACAAAGGAUAUGCGUUCAGGUUGGGAACAGAGCACCAUGCCGACGGAUACUUUCUUUUUAGGAAGGCUGCGUAUUCGGAUAUGGGGAUCACCGACGCACCUCUUCAGGAUACAGUCACAUCCGAUUUCGACCGCGUUCGUAGAGGCAUAUUAAGGAAUGUUGACAAGUUGAUAUUAUAUGACUUUCGCACAGUCUUACGACGUCAUGGAGUUUACGUUGAUAUCAAUAUGGGUAUCGAGGACGCUCUUGCGGAAGUGUUUGACCGCAACAAGUAUCACGAUUGGACUACGAAUCAACUCCUGGAAUAUCAGUCUAAUGAAACACAACCAUUCGUAUCGACGAAAUGGGCUCACCUCCCUGUCGGACUCGGUCCGAGACCACAAACCGAACCUCCCGAACCUCAAGACGGUGACACAGCUGGUCAACUAACUUUGCCAAAACCUGGCAAAGUUACAGGUAGCUCAAUGAUGGGAGGACCAGCUCCAUUCCAAUCUCCAUUCCAAUCUGGGGAUGCACGAAAUACACCUUUACCAGGUUCUAGGGUUCCACCGGUUGACGCUCCUGCAGGAUCACCUGAUGACGAUGACGAUUCAGAUGAUGAUGAUGAUGACGGUGGCCGAGGUGGUAGAGGCGGUAGAGGUGGUGGCAGAGGUGGUGGCAGAGGCGGUGGCAGAGGUGGUGGAAAUGGGGGUCAUUAUGAUCGUCCCAACCGCUGGGAAGAUGAUCAACGCAAUCAGAGUCGCUGCCUUAUUGAUCUCUCUAAGAUCUACAGAGAUGACGACAGGUAUAAGGGUAUCGACGAUUCCUUUCAGUUGAAGAUCUCCAUAUUUGCGGAGCAUUGCCGUAGGGUAUUUGUACCAACCGAGAUGACUUUGACGGCAUUCCCCAUCAUGCUCUCAGGCGCCGCUAGAGACUUUUAUCAAGCUAACCUCAGUACUCUUCCUAAGACGUAUGAUGGUGUAUGCGAGAUGAUGGUCAACAAUUUCGAAGGACCUGAACAUCAGCGAAAUAUGCUUCUCAAGUGGAACAGAGUCACUUUCAAGGACUACAUCGAGAAGAACCCGACUAAGGAACCUCAGGAAGUGUUUAAUACGAUGAUCACGGAUUUACGCUUUAUUCAGCAUACUAUUCCCAGCAAUAUGCGCGACUCCCAAUCAUACUAUAUUAGGAUCUUGUCUGCAUGCGACGGUGUUCCGGAGUGCUAUUCUGCAAUAUGCAACCCUCGUUCAACUACUACAGAGCUCAUUAACCAGAUUAAGCAAGCUAUCGAUUCUUAUCGAAAAGCAUUUCCGAAGCAGGACACAUCGCCUGAGACAUUCCUUACAGAUCGACGUUUCUACAACAAUGGAUCUUCGGGCUCCUCCUCCCGGAAACCUUAUAAUAAAUACACCGGACGACGACCUUUUCCUGCACCGGCUGAUAAGGGCAAGGACGAUUGUUACUUCCCUGGUUGCAAGAAGAAGGGCUGUAGAUACUACAAGCAUACACAGGAGGAGAAAGACCGACUUAAGACGGAUUACCGUACCAAGUACAGCAAACUCGACGACAAGAGUUUUACGAAGCAAUACGAGCAGUUCGUCACUGAUAUCGGACAAGAAGAUGAUCAAGACGACGAUAGUGACGAUGAUAGUGACGAUAGUGAUGAUCAUCUCAUUGAUCAAUAUCUUACUGAUACAAGCGGUUCUGGAGGGGUCUCCAGGACAUUCUUUACCUCCAUGGGUGCUUGUGAUGGUUCUUCAGUGGCGACUAAUCUCAACAAUGCUGCAAGCGCUCAUAAGUUAACAGCUGAGACGUUCAGUACGAACAACGAGCGAUACGGUGCUGAUACGUUCUUUGGCAUUAUGAUCGAUACGGGUGCAGCUGAGAGAUCAUCUGUCGGAUACAACCAGUAUUUGGCAUGGAAAAAGAUCGAGGAUGUUGAGUACGAUACAGCUACUGCUGGGCAGGUGACAAUCCAGUACGGCAUUGGAGCAACGACUUCCAUCGGUUCGUUUUACACUGAGCUUCCAUUUGGGGAGGUAGAAUGGAACGUGAUGGAAGCCGACCUUCCAUUCUUGCUCUCUUUGGCCGAUAUGGAUAGACUUAGGUUCAAGUAUGACAAUCUUGAUGAUGUUGCUAUUACACCUAAAGGCGUCUAUCCUGUAUAUCGACGAUUUGGCCAUGCAUUUCUGCUAUGGAACGUCAAUAUCGAGGGAUUGAUUAGUCAUUCUGUUGGUAGUAAUGAUUGCUAUCUCACCGAAGUUGAGCUGCGACGAAUUCACCGUCGGUUCGGCCAUCCAUCCGCGCGCAAGUUCCAUAAGGUGCUUAAACGCUCCGGGCACGACGAGGACUUUGAGGCGAUCAAACAGCUUACUAAGUUUUGUCACCAUUGUCAAGUCCAUGGUAAGUCGCCCGGCAGAUUCAAAUUCUCUUUGCCCGACAAGGAUUUUGAGUUCAACCAUACCAUACUUGUCGAUGUGCUUUAUAUCAACAAUGAUCCGAUCCUGCAUAUUGUUGACGAAGCCACACGCUUUCAAGCCGCUCGAUGGCUAAGCAACGUAUCUGCGAAGCAUACAUGGGAUAAACUCCGGGAGUGCUGGAUCGACACAUAUGUUGGUCCACCAGAGUAUAUCACUCAUGAUGCUGGUACCAACUUCGUCGGAAAAGAGUUUCAACAACAUGCUACGUCAAUGUCCAUUCAGACAAAGACAGUCCCUGUAGAGGCGCAUCAUUCGAUCGGUAUUGUUGAGAGAUUUCAUGCACCAUUGCGCAGAUCUUACGAAAUUAUUUACGAAGAAGUUCAUAAACUCGGUGUUCGCAAGGCAGCUAUACUCCAGAUGGCUGUAAAGGCAAUCAACGAUACUGCUGGACCUGAUGGUUUAGUACCUACCUUACUCGUUUUUGGGACAUUUCCCCGCAUGGUCGACACCAGCCCUCCGACACCUACUAUUCAGCAGCGUGCUGCCGCGAUCUCUAAAGCUAUGAUAGAGGUUCGCAGAUUACAUAGUUCUAUGCAAGUACGAGAGGCCUUGAAUACACGCAAUGGACCCUCUACGACUGUACUUCAUGAUUUAUUGCCGAACAGCAAGGUUUUGGUCUGGAGGGAGGGCAAUGGAACAGCUACUGGUGAGUGGAAAGGACCUUUUUCACUCAUUAGCAUGGAAGGGGAGACAUGUACUCUUGAUCUACCUCAUGGACCUACAAGGUUUAGGUCUACAUCAGUAAAACCGUAUUAUGAGCGAUUAGAAGCUGGACGUAUUGAGGAGGUUGAGGAACUUGAUCAUGAUAUUGAUCCCGAGGUAACUUUGCCAAAAUCUGGCAAAGUUAUAUCGCCUCCUUCAGCGGUCACACGUGCGACGAACCCAGAGGAACCCCUCUUGGAUUUAUCCAAGAACGACCAGAUUCCUACUCCGACAUCUUUCCCGCGAGUGGUCAUACCUCAGAUUCGAGCUCAUAUACAGGAUUACCACCCCGAAUGUUUUGCUGCCGAUCCCAAGGAUCCCAUCAUGUAUAAGGAGUCCAGGAAGAAGGAAAUUGAUGGAUUGACGGCUAAGGGUGUAUUCGAGGUUGUACCACUUUCGGAUGUUCCUUUUGGCACGCGUGUUUUCAAGUCGCGGUUUGUCGAUGAGAUCAAGAACAAGGGGACGGAUACUGAAUUCCGCAAGUCGAGGCUAGUCAUUCAAGCAUAUAAUGAUGCUGAUAAGACGUCUGUAUUGACACAAUCCCCGACAAUCCAACGAUCGUGUCAACGCAUUCUAGUCUCACUAGCCGCGAGUACUCGAAAGACAGGCACAGGAGUGUAUAUUCGAGAUAUCACUCAGGCGUACACUCAAUCCACUUCGAACUUGCAUCGCACUUUUUAUGCCCAUGCUCCGGAAGAGAUGGAUCUACCAACCGGUAUGAUUUUACUAGUUGUUAAACCAUUGUAUGGUGUUCCUGAGGCAGGAAACCAUUGGUUCCGAACAUACCAUACUCAUCACUGUGAGAAGCUUAAGAUGCAACAAUCCACGUAUGACCCUUGUCUAUUGCAUACUAGUGAUAAGGGGACUGGAUUCGGCAUUGUAGGACUUCAAACAGAUGAUACACUCAUCGUUGGGGAUAGUGCGUUUAUACAAGCUGAGGACGAGCAACUCAAGCAGGCUGGUUUUAUGGCUAAGGAUCGCGAGGAACUCACUCACGACCACCCAUUGAAGUUUAAUGGUGUCACUCUUACACUUAAGGGCGAUGACAUUCAUCUCGACCAGGAGAAGCAAUGCGACAAUUUGCAGCUUGUGUCUACUGAAUCCAUGGAUAUGCAUGGUACGCGUGGCAAGGUUCGGAAGCAUGCUUCUACACAUGAACAAUAUGUUGCACAACGAGCCCGCGGAGCAUACAUUGCGACUAUGUGCCAACCUGAAGCAUCUUUCGAUCUGUCCAUGGCAGCACAGACAACCCAACCUGGCAAGGAUGAUAUUGCGGCGUUGAAUAAGCGUAUCAAGUGGCAAAAAGAAAACUCUGCCAGAGGACUCAAAUACGUACCACUUGACCUAGAUUCACUUAAGAUUGUUGUCUUUGCUGAUGCUUCUUUUGCGAAUAAUAAGGACUAUUCGUCCCAAAUAGGCUAUGUGAUCGUAAUGAUGGAUAAACACAACAAUGCUAAUAUCAUUCAUUGGUCGUCCAUCAAAUGCAAGAGAGUCACACGCAGUGUUUUAGCAUCUGAACUAUACGGAUUAGUUCAGGGAUUUGACAUCGGUGCGGCAAUCACUUCUACAGUUAGCGCCAUUCUCGGCAAGGAGAUUCCAUUAGUUUUGUGUACUGAUUCCAAGUCGCUAUACGACCUACUCACGAAGCUGGGAACGACUAGUGAAAAGAGACUAAUGAUCGACAUCAUGGCACUACGUCAAUCCUACGAGCGGAGAGAGAUCGUUGAGGUGAUCUGGAUUGAUGGUCCGACUAAUCCGGCCGAUGCGAUGACGAAAGGAAAGCCGUGUCAAGCUCUUGCUGAUCUGAUCAAUACGAAUAAGAUCGAUAUCAAGGCAAUGAAGUGGGUGGAACGGGAUUAG